CCAGUAGAGAGCCGUUGGUCAACGAACUUGGUUGUUAUUCCUUGCAUUGCAUUGCAAUGCACAUUCACAGAUUCACUUCUCCAAAUUCACACAGAAGAAGAAGAAUGAGACGUCCAAUUCGCCAUACCAGAAGUGUUGAAGCUCCCGGGAUUUCUGCAUUACUUCCUUCAUCUCUACAUCUAUCUCACAAUUACUGUAGAAGCUCUGUGAUUCUAGUUUUUGAAAGUGAUCGCACUCUUGAACUCGCUGAGCGGCCAUAUCUGAAUUACGCAUUCUCAUACAUGGAGUCUCCGCAAGGUGGAUCCGAUAGGGAUAAACCGCCGGACUCUUCCUCGUCCUCUUCUCCCGUCUCCGUCGUUUCCAGUUUCUGGAAAGAGUUUGAUUUAGAGGAGGAGAAAAGUGCAUUGGAUGAACAAGGACUUAGGAUAGCUGAAAACCAAGAAAAUUGUAGGAUAGUUGAAGUCUCCAGAACAUUACUUGGAAGGGAACAUUAUUUGAAGUCUUCAUAUGAGCUAUUUACUGAUAUGUAUAUAGGAAAUGAAAAGGGCAUUAUAUCCUAGAGAAUAAAAGGAAGCAUAGUCAGAUGAGACAUCAACUUGUACGAAGGCAAAGGAGUUUGCCAGCGAGUACUCCACUUGGCAUUGAUAAAACGAAGUAUUACAAUUGUAAAAGAACUUAUUUAAGUUACACCCAGAAGAACUGAGAAGUCUGGUGAAUCUUAAAAUUCCUCCAAGCCCCUACAAUUAUCGUCAAAGUCCUAUGAAUUCUCUCUAUCCAAACAAACAAAAUAAGUGACUGCUUAUUUUAGCCAUGGAUUUGAAGGGGUAAUAGCACACAAUAUUUGCAUUAAAAACUGAUUGAUGAACCCGGCUGAGACUAAACAGAUAAAGCAGUCUAUUCCCUAGGCACAAAAGGGAACCAUAAGUGAAGGGAUGCUUCUGAAGUUCGUGGCUUUCGAUGCACAGAAAUCACUAAUUGGAGUUUUUUUUUUAUAAUUUCUUGACAACU